GUUCAUCUUUGAUUCUAUUCUUUCACUUUAUUGCAAGAACAUAUAUACAUACAUACAUACAUACACAGACAAUUAUCUUAUAAUCUAGCACAAUGGUUGGACGACUUGCUGGAAAGAAUGCGCUCGUUACUGGUGCUGCGGGAGGCAUCGGUCUCGAAACCACCAUCCUCAUGCUCCGCGAGGGCGCCUCCGUGCUGAUGACCGAUGUCAGCGGCCCCGGACUUGAAAAGGCCCUGAACAAAGUGAACGAGGUUGUGCCCGAACGUUCCGGCAAGGUGGAGACUCGCGUUGUCGAUGUCUCCAAGGAGGCUGAUGUGGAAGCUGCCGUGGGACAUCUGGAUGCCUGGGGUGGAUUGGAUGUCAUUUUCAACAAUGCGGGCAUUAUGCAUGCGAAGGAUGGCGACUCGGAGGAGACUCCCGAGGCGAUCUGGGACUUGACCAUGAACAUUAACGUCAAGGGUGUGUGGUAUGGAUGCAAGCAUGCUGUCAAGAGUCUCAGGAAGCAUGGCAAGAAGAAGGGAAGUAUUAUCAACACGGCUAGUAUGGUUGCUUUGGUUGGUGCUGCUACGCCUCAGUUGGCGUAUACGGCUAGUAAGGGGGCGGUGUUGGCUAUGACUCGCGAGUUGGCCAUUGUGCAUGCUAGGGAGGGUUUCCGGUUCAACUCUUUGUGUCCCGCUCCGCUUAACACCCCCCUUCUGCAGGAUUGGCUCGGUGACGACAAGGAGAAGCGCUUCCGUCGCGAGGUUCACUUCCCCACUGGUCGUUUCGGAGAGGCCAUUGAGCAGGCCCACGCCGUCAUCUUCCUGGCUAGCGAUGAGAGCAGCUUCGUCAACGCAGCUGACUUCGUCGUCGAUGGUGGUCUGACCAAGGCGUAUGUGACCCCUGAGGGUCCUGCCACUGAGGCCCCCAAGAACCUGGGUCAAUAAGCAGCGACCUGUCUGGUCAGGACGCUAUGAGUGAUGAUUGUAUGAUAGACUGGUUGAUUAGGCAAACGAUAU